CCGUCCCUUCAUCGUUUUCAGUUUGGCAUACAAUAUGUGGCGAAUUUGUGCGCUUGCACUGGCACUCUGUUCUGCAAUACUCUGUGCAGCUGCUCAGCCGUCGGAACACUUACAGAAUAAUUCAUCAAGUCUGCCGGAGCGCAAACCCUUUACUUCGGACUUCUUCUUCCGUCAACUUUUCGAUGGGGAGAGCAGCACCUACAGCUACCUGCUGGCAGAUCUGAAGACUGGCGAGGCCGUGAUCAUCGAUCCCGUGCUGGAGCAGGCCAAGCGAGAUGCCCAGCUGGUCAAGGAAUUGGGCUUCAAGCUCAAAUAUGCCAUCAACACACACAUGCAUGCGGAUCACAUCACGGGAAGCGGUUGGUUGAGGGAGCUGACGGGCUGCCAGUCGAUGAUUGCCGCCGCCAGCGGUGCCAAGGCGGAUGUGUACCUGAAGGAGGGCGAUCGAAUUGAAUUUGGGAGUCAUUUGAUUGAGGUCCUAGCCACCCCAGGUCACACCAAUGGCUGCAUGAGCUAUGUGAUCAAGGCGCAGGGCUGCGUCUUCACUGGCGACACGGUUCUGAUACGCGGCUGCGGGCGCACAGACUUCCAGGAGGGCAGCUCCGAAAGUCUCUACGAAAAUGUCCACUCAAAGAUUUUUACGCUGCCCGAUUACUUUCGCAUUUAUCCGGCCCAUGACUACAAAGGACAACUAGAGAGCAGCGUUUGGGAGGAGAAGCUAUACAACCCGCGUUUGACCAAGGAUCUGGAGGAGUUUAUUCAGAUGAACAGUCUGAACUUGUCAUAUCCCAAUAAGAUAGAUGUCUCGCUGCCUGCCAAUAGAGAGUGCGGAGUCUACGACAUACCCAAGGAGUAGUACGAAAGUGAAAGAAAAUACUUAUAAUGUUCAUUUAAAUAAAUGGUUUAACAA